CAGCGGGGGUAGCGGCACCUUGACGAACAGUAUGUCGGCCGCCGUGGCAACUCGUAAGCGGGCAAAGCUAGCUCCCGGGCCCGGGGCGGCUCCGGCGGCCGGCAAGCGGCGGCGAAAGGUAGACUCGGCUGCGGACAGAGGCAAGUCCAAGGGUGGCGGCAAAAUGAAUGAAGAGAUUUCCAGCGAUUCUGAGAGUGAGAGCUUGGCUCCGAGGAAAACAGAAGAAGAGGAGGAGGAAGAGCUGGAAGAGACUGCGCAGGAAAAGAAGCUACGCUUGGCCAAACUCUACCUUGAACAACUCAGGCAGCAAGAGGAGGAGAAGGCUGAAGCCCGCGCAUUUGAGGAGGAUCAGGUGGCCGGGCGCUUGAAGGAGGAUGUGCUGGAGCAGAGAGGCAGGUUGCAGAAGUCGGUGGCCAAGGAGAUCCAGGCCCCAGCUCCCACCGACAUUCGAGUUUUGCGGGGCCACCAGCUCUCCAUUACGUGCUUGGUCAUCACUCCUGAUGACCUGGCCAUCUUCUCCGCCGCCAAAGACUGCACCAUCAUUAAGUGGAGUGUAGAGACUGGGCGGAAGCUGCAUGUGAUCCCUCGGGCCAAGAAGGGUGCUCAGGGCCAGCCUGCAGGCCACAGCAGCCACGUCCUCUGCAUGGCCAUCUCCUCUGAUGGCAAGUACCUCGUAAGACGGGGUCGGCCCUGUGGGUGGGUGGAGGUUUGGAUGUGUGGUGUGUGCUGGUGGCCAUUACCUUCGUUCCCACAGGCUUCUGGUGACCGCAGCAAGCUCAUUCUAAUUUGGGAGGCCCAGAGCUGCCAGCACCUGUACACCUUCACGGGACACCGGGACGCUGUGUCGGGACUGGCCUUCCGAAGAGGUACCCACCAGCUCUACAGCACUUCCCACGACCGCUCUGUGAAGGUGUGGAAUGCAGCUGAGAACUCCUACGUGGAGACGCUGUUCGGGCACCAGGAUGCUGUGGCUGCAUUAGACGCCCUGAGCCGAGAGUGCUGUGUCACAGCCGGGGGCCGGGAUGGGACCGUGCGUGUGUGGAAGAUCCCUGAGGAGUCCCAGCUUGUCUUCUAUGGCCACCAGGGUUCCAUUGACUGUAUCCAUCUCAUCAACGAGGAGCACAUGGUGUCGGGCGCGGAUGAUGGCUCUGUGGCCUUGUGGGGCCUCUCCAAGAAACGGCCACUGGCCCUCCAGCGCGAAGCUCAUGGGCUUCACGGGGAGCCAGGCCUGGAGCAACCCUUCUGGGUGUCAUCCGUAGCAGCCCUGCUCAAUACUGACCUGGUGGCCACAGGCUCCCAUAAUGCUCGUGUGCGACUUUGGCAGUGUGGAGAAGGCUUCCGGCAGCUUGACCCUCUCUGUGACAUCCCCCUGGUUGGUUUUAUCAACAGCCUCAAGUUCUCCAGUGCAGGGGACUUCUUGGUGGCUGGCGUGGGACAGGAGCACAGGCUUGGCCGGUGGUGGAGGAUCAAAGAGGCACGGAACUCAGUCUGCAUCAUACCGCUCCGCAGGCUCCCUGUGUCCCCUGUUGCCGGCUCCUGACACUCGUCCUUAUUUAAGUGAUUUCCAGGCCCCACCCCUGCCCUCUUUUGUAUUAAAGCCUCCUAUUUUAGACCUUG